AUGAAAGCCCUUGAUAAUGAAAAUUAUUUUAAUAUUUCUAGUUAUAAAAUUGGUAAAAAAGAAGAGAAAACAAUAAUGAAAGAUGAUUCAGAAGAUUUAAAUACUACUUAUAUAGAAACUGAUAAUCAUGUAUAUAAAACAUUAUCAACAAUAAAAAGAAGGAACAAAAAAUAUCGAUUUGAUCCAUUUUGGAAAAAAUCAAUCCAUGAUUCACAAUCAUCUCUUCCAUAUUAUUAUUCUUAUACAAGAUCAAGUUAUUCAUCAAAUGAACCAGUUCAAAUGAAAUCAGAAAGUAAUCCAAGAGUUUCAAUAAAUCAUGAAUUAUUGAUGAAAUCAAAUAAAAUGAGAUCAACAUCUGUUAUAUUAUCACCUAUAACAAAACAUAAUGAAAUAAAAACAAUAAAUGAACCAUUAGUAGUUGUAAAAUAUGAAAAACAAUCACCUAUACAUAAUUUAGAAAACAUUCAUCCUAUUGUAGAUAAUCAACUUGAUAAACAUCAUGAUUAUCAUCAUCAUCAUCAUCAUCAUGAUCCUCAACAAUCAAUCCAUUCAUGGAGUAAUAAAAUGAAACAUAAUUGGAGAUCAGAACCAUCUAGUUUAUUUUUGAAUUUGAAACAUAAAGAUACUUUUGAAAAUGUUCAUCAUUCAAUGAAUUGUCAAUUAAAUGAACAGAUUUAUAAUCAUUCAUUUAAUCAUUCAAAUAUUCCUUAUUUACCAAUAUUAUAUAAUAGUUUAGAUAAAAUUCAUCAUAGAACAUUUAAUUCCAUCAAUAAAUUAUAUCAUACUCAUAAUCAAUAUACUACUACUGAUGAAACCUUAGAUCAUCAUAAAGAUCAAAAUUCUAAUUUACAUUUAUCAAAUAUUCAUUAUCAAUUUCUUCAUUAUAAUAAUAAUAAUAAUAAUAAUAAUAAUAAUAUACCCAAAUCAUAUUAUAAUCAAUCAUUAUCAACACAUAAUAAUAACAAUAAUAAUAUUGAUUUAUCGAAUUGUAAACAAUCAAUAACCGAACCAUUAAUUAAAUCAAUAAUAAAUGAUCCAUUAUCAUCUAUACCAUUGAAUUCACAAUUAUCUACAAUGAAAUUAUUCAAUAAUAAUAAUAAUAAUAAUCAAUCAAAACGUGCAUUAAUUAAUGUUGGCGGUAUUAAACAUGAAAUAUUAUGGCAUAUUGUUGAUCGUUAUCCAAAUACAAGAUUAGGUAAAUUACAUCAUGUAACUAAUAUACAAGAAUUAUUAAAUUUAUGCGAUGAUUAUGAUCCUAUUAAUAAAGAAUAUUAUUUUGAUCGUAAUCCAAUCAUAUUUUCAAUGAUAUUGAAUUUUUAUCGAUCUAAAAAAUUACAUUAUAAUGAUAUGAUUUGUGUAAUGGAUUUUAAAGAUGAAUUAAUUUAUUGGGGUGUUAAUGAAAGUUUUAUUAAAGCAUGUUGUUCACAUCGUUAUCAUCAACAAAAGGAUUUAAUUGAAGAUGAAGUUAAAAAAGAAGAAAAUUGUUUAAAACAAACAACAACUAUUGAUGAAUUUGGUUCUGGUUGUUAUGCAAAUUUAAAAAGACAAGGAUGGAAUUUAUUAGAGAAACCGCAUACAUCUAAAGCUGCUAGGGUGUUUGCAAUCGUUUCAAUAAUUUUUAUCCUUCUAUCUACAAUCAGUUUAACGUUGAAUACAAUGCCUGAAAUACAACUUAACACUACAUUGAUCAAAUAUAUUGAGACGGAGAUACUUACUGAUACAAAUUAUAAUAAUGCUACUACUACUACUACUAUACAUCAAUCAUCAAAUGAAAUAACUGAUAAUCCAUAUUUAGAUAUUGUUGAAACAAUAUGUAUCUCUUGGUUUACAUUGGAAUAUGUAUUACGUUUAUGGUGUUCACCAAAUAAAUUGAAAUUUCUUAAACGUAUUCUCAAUAUUAUUGAUUUAAUAGCAAUUUUACCAUUCUAUAUCCAUGUAUUAUUGGUAGAAGUUGUAACAAGACAUCAUAAUGAAUCAUUACAUUCAUUAAGAAAAAUUGUACAAAUAUUUCGUAUUCUUCGUAUAUUACGUAUAUUUAAACUUGCUAGACAUUCAACUGGUUUACAAGCACUUGGUUAUACAUUUAAACGUUCUUAUAAAGAACUUGGUUUACUUAUGUUAUUAAUUGCUUUAGGUGUAGUAUUAUUUUCUAGUUUAGUAUAUUUUGCUGAAAAAGAUGAAAAUUCUGAAAUGUUUCGUAGUAUACCAUCGGCAUUUUGGUGGGCAACUAUUACAAUGACAACAGUUGGUUAUGGUGAUAUGUUACCAAGAACAAUAUUAGGCAAAUUAAUUGGUGCAUGUUGUUGUAUAUGUGGUGUAUUAGUAGUAGCAUUACCAAUUCCAAUUAUUGUGAAUAAUUUUGCUGAUUUUUAUAAAGAACAUAUGAGACGUGAAAAAGUAUUAAAACGUAGAGAUGAAUUUGAAAAAUUUCGUCGUAAUGAAGAAUUAAUGAAUAAUGAAAUGAAUAAAUGUGCCUUUAUUGAACAAAUGAAUCAAGAGGAUGAGAAACAAAAUCAUUAUCUAAUCAAUAAAAGUGUAUAAAUCAUAAUC